AUGGAAAUGGUCAGGCCUUCGAGGAUCCCAGAGACUCGCUGUCCUCUUGUUUUGGAGUUCAUUCUAAGACAGCUGUUGCAAGUUUUGCGGAAAGCUAUAAAUACAGAAGCCGCAUAAUAUGAGCUUCUUCCUUGUUGCACCGACCACCAGUUAGAACUUGCUAAAUUUUACAUACAUGAAAGAAGCGCCAGACGAUCCAUACAGGACAACUAAACGCAUACGCAAGAAGAUAAACGAAUGUUUCAUCAUGCCCGCUAGUAAAAAAGUAGAGCAGACAGAAGCCCGUGGCCGUGCUCGCUCUUCUGUCAGCGGCAUUAAUAAUGAAGAAACGCGACCAGGGGACGACAAGGAUUCGAGCAACUACGCAUCGGCUCGUCCGGAGCAGAGCGUACUGGAGCGGUUUUCCGAUGAGAUCAAAUUUACACUUGUGUGUGGCUCUGUACUCAAGUCGGUUGAAGCCUCAGCGACUGAGGCGAACGGCCUGACCGUAUGCAAGGCGGACGAAGGACCUCCAGAACGGCGAGAGAGGAAUCUCGAGGAGCUGGAAAAGAUGCUCGAAGAACUGCGAAUGCUGGUUACAAAUGCUCCAACAGCACAAAUACAAGAAGCGAGUGGCGGAGAGAGUUCAGGCGAGGACGCGAAUAUGAUUCUGUUGGAAGGCGUCGUCGUUCAGAAGAAGCAGCAAAUUGUGGCGCGGUUGCGAAAAACUAAACUUUGGGAAAAGGUGGCCGCCAAGCUGCCUCGUCCGGAAUUUACACAGAUGCAGAAAGUACUGCAGUACCUGUACAUCGGACCCUACCAGCCGCUUCUGCAGCGCGGGAAAGCGCUUGUCGAGAACCGCAUCACGGCGGUGCUAUCGGCGACAAAAGAGCCCCCAAACCAGCUGCCAAAAUGCGUGCGGCGCAAGCUCUGCCUGCGCGUGACAGACCACGUUGCCGAGCGUUCGCUGGACCUGGAUCGUGUGGUGGAGUUCGUACGCGCGGAGCGCGAUGACCACCAGGGACGCGUGUUCGUGCACUGUGGGGCCGGGAUCAGUCGGGCAGCGACGUGCACGCUCGCUUGCCUGUGUGCGCUCGAGAAUUUGUCUCUGCAAGAUGCGUACUCGUGGUUGCGAGCAGUCCGCCCGUGCAUCAAUCCGAAUGCCACUUUCCGCCAGCUCUUGACGAGCCGUUUCGGUGCUGCCAAGAACGAAGAGGCCGUCGUUGACCAGGAGGAGGUUCGACUCAGCCAGGAAGACGAAGAGCGCGAACGGGUCCGGGCUGCCAAUUGUGUACGCUGUGUUUAAUAUUGACCUGGAACACGAACUGAAUAAAAACGGCGGGCUCAAUGGCGCACAUUCCUCAUCAAGCAUGCAGGAGAAAUUCUCAUAAUCCCGUUCCUGUUCACGAUAUAUAGUGAACCGCAGCCCCCGCUGGUAGAUUCUCCGCGGUACUGAUCGCGUGUGUAGUACGUAUUCUUUUGACCACAUCAAACUGCAGCGCAAAUGAGACAGAACUCCUUAUAGUACUUAAAAAUGAUUAUGC